GCCUUGAAAAUGAUUUGGGGUGACCUUAUUCAGAAAAUGAUCUUAUUUUAUCUUACUGGAUCUGGAAUUUUGGCAAAUGUCUUAAUAUUUGUGAGGCAUGUACGCACAUUAGUCGUGGGUCCUGAGAGAAAACCCAUGGACCUUAUCCUCAUCCACUUGACAUUUUCAAACACAAUCAUUAUUUGUCACACAGGGAUCAUAAUUGUGGCAGCAGUUUUUUCUUUCAGGGAGUUCCGGGGUGAUUUUGGUUGUAAAACUGUGGUCUAUCUCUCAAGAAUGGCCCGGGGCCUUUCCAUCUGCACCACCUGUCUCCUCAGCAUGGUCCAGGCUGUCACCAUCAAUCCAAGAACCACCCUAUGGACAAAGCUCAAACCACAGACUACACGGCAAGUUCUUCCCCAUCUCCUCCUCUUCUGGGUCUUUAAUUCUCUGAUAAGCUCCAACUUGCUCCACUACAUCACAGCAGGCAGCAGUGUGAACAUGUCUAGAGUUGGAAUGUAUGCUGGGUAUUGCUAUAUGGUGCCACCCAGGCUCACAGUUAGGUUACUUUUCCUCUCUCUAAUGACUAUUCGUGAUGCCAUCUUUCAGACUCUCAUGGGCUGGAGCAGUGGCUCCAUGGCUCUCCACCUGUAUAAACAUCACAAGCGUGUCCUCUACCUUCACAGCUCCAGGUUUGCGAACAAGUCCAGCCCAGAAAUCAGAGCUGCACAGAGCACUCUCAUUCUCAUGGCCUGCUUCCUCUGCUUUUAUUGGGCAGAUUUCAUUUUCUCCUUCUACAUGGGUUCCACCUUGACAUAUGAUUCCUCAACACUAAAUAUUAAAAUAUUGUUAGAACUUGGUUAUGCCAGUACCAGUCCCUUCAUCCUGAUCAGCAGGGGCAUCCAUGCAGCUAAACCCUUGUGUGCUCACUGA